UUCAAACGACCCAAACAAUUAGAGGCCAAGUUAAUAUAACUCAAGGGUAAUUCCCCACCUCAACCCCCACCUGAGAGUGGAGAAGUUGUAUUUCCUCACAGGGCGUGCAUACACUCUGACUCUGGCUCUCAGCCCUCCCUCCAUUCUGAAUAUUACAUCAUUUCACUUUGCCUAAUGUAAACACUCAUAACCCUGCAUGGUGCAGGAUCCUUCUCUAUGGGCUGAGACGGUCGUUGUGGUGAUGGAUGGUUUCAGAAAGACGAGGAUGUACAGCAGGAAGAGGCCUUGCAGCAGCGAUGGAAGAGGUGAGGCGGCUCCACGUGAGAUUCUGCAAAAGGAUUAAGAUUUGGCACCAGGCUGGGUUCCUAUGCAGUCUCUUAGGCAGAGAGCCCCAGGAGAGGGAAGCAGAGUGUCAGUUGGGGCUUUGCACUCUCCCAGCCGGCCUUGAAGGGUGGGUGGCUCUUCCCUCGCUCUCUGCCUGUCUCUCUUUCUCCGAGGUACCCAGAUUUACCCUAUUAAAGGAUGGGUCUGGAUGCUGGAGCUUUGAAGAAGACCAGAUCUACAGUGCAGUGAGAAGAGGAGAAGAAACAGAAGAUACAGUUGGAUUUCUUCUCCAUUGCUCCACACAGCUUCCAGCCUCUGAGGCGGCCCAUGGAAGGAUUAGAGCUGGUCCGUACUUAAAGCAACGUGUGCGAGACACUGAGUGUGAGUACCGUGCCACCUUGCAGAGGACAUCGAUAGCUCAGUACGUCACCGGUUCUCUCCUCGAGGCAACCACAUCUUUAGGAGCAAGAAACAGCCUUCUCAGUACCUUUGGAGGAUCCACUGGACGAAUAAUGCUCAAAGAACGCCAACCAGGCACCUCGAUGGCCAGUUCUAAUCCUGUCCCUUCAAGUUCAGCUGGGAUCAGCAAGGAGCUGAUUGAUCUCCAACCCCUCAUUCAAUUCCCAGAAGAAGUGGCCAGCAUCCUGACAGAACAGGAACAGAACAUUUACCGCAAGGUCCUGCCCAUGGACUACCUUUGUUUCUUAACCCGGGACUUGAGUUCCCCUGAAUGCCAGAGAUCCCUGCCCCAUCUCAAAGCAUCCAUCUCGGAAUCCAUCCUCACUGCUCAGAGGGGAGAGCACAAUGCCCUUGAGGACCUCGUGAUGAGAUUUAAUGAGGUGAGCUCCUGGGUAACAUGGCUGAUCCUCACAGCAGGCUCCAUGGAAGAGAAGCGGGAAGUCUUCUCCUAUCUGGUGCAUGUGGCCAAAUGCUGCUGGAACAUGGGCAACUACAACGCAGUCAUGGAGUUCCUAGCUGGCCUCAGGUCAAGGAAAGUUCUAAAGAUGUGGCAGUUCAUGGACCAAUCUGACAUCGAGACCAUGCGGAGCCUGAAGGAUGCUAUGGCUCAGCAUGAGUCUUCUGUGGAGUACAAGAAGGUAGUGACCCGCGCCCUGCACAUCCCCGGCUGCAAGGUGGUUCCCUUCUGUGGGGUGUUCCUGAAGGAGCUCUGUGAGGUGCUUGAUGGUGCCUCUGGCCUCCUGAAGCUCUGCCCACAAUAUGGCUCCCAAGAAGAGGCUUUGGAGUUUGUGGCAGAUUACAGCGGACAAGAUAACUUCUUACAACGAGUGGGACCGAACGGCUUAAAGAACUCAGACAAGGAGUCCACGGUCAGCAGCAUCUUUCAGAUUAUCCGGAGCUGCAGUCGAAGUUUGGAGAUGGAGGAGGAGGACGGCUCCAGCGAGGGGACCGGCUCGAGGAAGAACUCCUUGAAGGACAGAACCCGAUGGCAGUUUAUAAUUGGAGAUUUUCUGGAUUCAGAAAAUGACAUCUUUGAGAAGUUCAAAGAAUGCGACCCUCAUGGAUCAGAGGAAUCACAGAAAGCCUUUGACCAUGGGACGGAGCUCAUUCCGUGGUACGUGCUGUCCUUCCAAGCUGAUGUGCACCAGUUCCUCUUGCAGGGGGCCACAGUCAUACACUAUGACCAGGACACGCAUCUCUCCGCACGCUGCUUUCUCCAAUUGCAACCCGACAACAGCACCUUGACCUGGAUAAAGCCUCCCACUGCCUCCCCAGCUGGGGCCAGACCCAAGCUUGGUUUCCUCAGUAACAUGGCUGAGCCUGGCAAGUUCCCAUCACUGGGCAACGCUGGGCUGAGUGGCCUGGCAGAGGGAAUCCUGGAUCUGUUUUCGGUGAAGGCUGUGUACAUGGGACACCCUGGCAUUGAUAUACACACUGUGUGUGUCCAGAGCAAACUGAGUAGCAUGCUUCUGUCAGAGACUGGGGUGACACUCCUCUAUGGCCUUCAGACCACCGACAACAGGUUAUUGCACUUUGUGGCACCAAAGCACACAGCUAAAAUGCUGUUCAGUGGACUGCUGGAACUCACUACAGCUGUGAGAAAGAUCAGGAAGUUCCCCGACCAAAGACAGCAGUGGCUUCGGAAACAGUAUGUCAGCCUCUACCAGGAGGACGGCCGGUACGAAGGCCCGACCUUGGCUCACGCUGUGGAGCUGUUCGGUGGCAGACGAUGGAGCACUAGAAACCCCAGCCCUGGAAUGUCAGCCAAGAAUGCUGAGAAGCCCAGCAUGCCGAGGAACAACACCCUGGGCAUAAGCACCACCAAGAAAAAGAAGAAGAUGCUCAUGAGGGGAGAAAGUGGAGAGGUGACUGACGAUGAGAUGGCGACCCGAAAAGCCAAAAUGUACCGAGAGUGUCGAAGCCGGAGUGGCUCUGACCCUCAAGACGUUAACGAACAGGAAGAUCCAGAGGCCAAUGCCAUCACUAACCCUCCCAACCCCCUCCAUUCCAGAAGAGCCCACUCUUUGACCACGGCCGGGUCCCCCAACUUGGCUACCGGGAUGUCAUCUCCCAUCAGGCCAGUCUCCUCCCCUGUGCUGUCUUCUUCAAACAAGAGUCCAUCCAGUGCCUGGAGCAGCAGCAGCUGGCAUGGGCGCAUCAAAGGAGGAAUGAAAGGCUUCCAGAACUUCAUGGUUUCAGACAGUACCAUGAGUUUCGUUGAAUUUGUUGAGCUGUUCAAAUCAUUCAGUGUAAGGAGCCGCAAGGACUUGAAGGACGUCUUUGACAUCUACUCUGUGCCCUGUAACCGCUCUGCUGCGGAGUCAGCCCCUCUGUACACCAACCUGACAAUCGAAGAAAACGCCAGCGACCUCCAGCCUGACCUAGAUUUGCUGACCAGAAACGUCUCGGACUUGGGGCUGUUCAUUAAAAGUAAACAGCAGCUUUCUGAUAACCAGAGGCAGAUAUCUGAUGCUAUUGCUGCUGCCAGCAUCGUGACCAACGGCACUGGCAUUGAGAGCACAUCCCUGGGCAUAUUUGGGGUUGGUAUACUCCAGCUCAACGACUUUCUGGUCAAUUGCCAAGGAGAACACUGCACGUAUGAUGAAAUCCUCAGCAUCAUCCAGAAAUUUGAGCCUAGCAUCAGCAUGUGUCAUCAGGGCCUAAUGUCAUUUGAAGGGUUUGCAAGGUUUCUGAUGGACAAAGAUAAUUUUGCCUCCAAAAAUGAUGAGUCACAGGAAAACAAGAAAGAACUGCAGCUGCCCCUCUCCUACUAUUACAUUGAAUCCUCACACAAUACCUACCUCACAGGCCAUCAGCUCAAAGGAGAGUCCUCGGUGGAGCUCUACAGCCAGGUCCUCCUGCAAGGAUGCAGAAGCAUAGAGCUGGACUGCUGGGAUGGAGAUGAUGGCAUGCCCAUCAUCUAUCAUGGACAUACACUGACGACCAAGAUCCCCUUCAAGGAAGUGGUGGAAGCCAUUGAUCGCAGUGCCUUCAUCACCUCCGACCUGCCAAUCAUCAUAUCCAUUGAGAACCACUGUUCAUUGCCUCAACAACGAAAAAUGGCAGAAAUUUUCAAGAGUGUGUUUGGAGAAAAGCUGGUGGCUAAGUUCUUAUUCGAGACCGAUUUCUCAGAUGACCCAAUGCUUCCAUCACCUGACCAACUUAGGAGGAAAGUGCUUCUUAAAAACAAGAAGCUCAAGGCCCAUCAGACACCAGUUGACAUCCUAAAACAAAAGGCUCACCAGUUAGCAUCCAUGCAAGCACAAGCUUUCACUGUUGGGAACGCCAACCCGCCACCUGCCAGCAAUGAGGAAGAGGAAGAGGAAGAGGAUGAAUACGACUAUGAUUACGAAUCUCUUUCCGAUGACAAUAUCCUGGAAGACAGACCUGAAAACAAAUCAUGUGCUGACAAGCUCCAGUUUGAGUACAGUGAAGAAGUCCCCAAGAGGAUAAAGAAAACAGAUAACUCUCCCUGCAAUAAGGGAAAGGUGUAUGACAUGGAGCUAGGAGAAGAGUUUUACCUUCCUCAGAACAAAAAGGAAAGCAGGCAGAUUGCGCCGGAGCUCUCUGACCUCGUCAUCUAUUGCCAGGCAGUAAAAUUCCCAGGCCUGUCAACUCUAAAUUCAUCUGGCUCUAGCAGAGGGAAAGAGAGGAAAAGCAGGAAGUCCAUUUUUGGCAACAAUCCUGGCAGAAUGAGCCCAGGGGAGACAGCAUCACUUAACAGAACAUCUGGAAAAAGUUUAGGUUCCUGUGAUGGAAACCGACAAACCUGGGAGGAAUCUACUCCACUCAGCCCGAGCACGUCUCUCAGCGCGAUCAUUAGAACUCCUAAAUGCUAUCAUAUCUCAUCGCUGAAUGAAAAUGCCGCCAAACGUCUAUGUCGCAGGUAUUCCCAGAAACUGAUCCAGCACACCGCUUGCCAGCUACUGAGGACCUACCCCGCAGCCACCAGAAUCGACUCAUCCAACCCCAACCCCCUCAUGUUCUGGCUCCAUGGAAUACAGCUGGUAGCACUAAACUACCAGACGGAUGAUCUUCCUUUACAAUUAAAUGCGGCAAUGUUCGAGGCGAAUGGAGGCUGUGGCUAUGUUUUGAAGCCCCCUGUCCUGUGGGAUAAAAGCUGUCCCAUGUACCAGAAGUUUUCCCCACUGGAAAGAGACCUAGACAACCUGGAUCCUGCUAUCUAUUCUUUAACUAUCAUCUCUGGCCAAAAUGUGUGCCCCAGUAACAGCACCGGAAGUCCAUGCAUUGAGGUUGACGUCUUGGGCAUGCCCCUGGACAGCUGCCAUUUCCGCACAAAGCCCAUCCAUCGAAACACUCUGAACCCCAUGUGGAAUGAACAGUUUCUCUUCCGGGUUCACUUUGAAGACCUUGUGUUUCUUCGUUUUGCAGUUGUGGAGAACAACAGUUCGGCGAUAACAGCUCAAAGAAUCAUUCCGCUCAAAGCUUUAAAACGAGGAUAUCGACACCUUCAGCUGCGGAACCUCCACAAUGAAAUCUUGGAAAUCUCUAGCUUAUUCAUAAACAGCAGGAGGAUGGAAGAAAAUCCCUCUGGCAGUACCAUGCCAGCCUCUUUGAUGUUUAACACUGAAGAGAGGACAUGUUCUCAGACUCACAAAGUCACAGUGCAUGGUGUCCCUGGUCCAGAGCCCUUUGCUGUCUUCACUAUAAAUGGAGGCACCAAGGCAAAGCAGCUUCUCCAACAGAUUUUGGCGAUUGACCAAGACACAAAACUUACUGCUGCAGACUAUUUCUUGAUGGAAGAGAAGUAUUUUAUAUCUAAGGAAAAAAAUGAGUGCAAGAAACAACCAUUCCAGAGAGCUGUGGGUCCAGAAGAAGACAUUGUGCAGAUUUUAAACAGCUGGUUCCCAGAAGAAGGCUACGUAGGCAGGAUUGUCUUAAAGCCCCAACAGGAAACCCUAGAAGAGAGAAGCAGUACCCAAGAUGACAAAGAGGUGAUCUUGAGCUCGGAGGAGGAGAGUUUCUUUGUCCAAGUGCAUGAUGUUUCUCCAGAACAACCUCGAACUGUCAUCAAAGCCCCCCGUGUGAGCACUGCACAGGAUGUGAUUCAGCAGACCUUAUGCAAAGCCAAAUAUUCCUACAGCAUCCUGAACAAUCCCAACCCAGGUGACUAUGUGCUUUUGGAAGAGGUGAUGAAAGAUGGGCCCAAUAAGAAGUCUUCUACUCCCAAGUCCUCACAAAGGAUCCUCUUGGACCAAGAGUGCGUGUUUCAAGCUCAAAGCAAGUGGAAAGGUGCAGGGAAGUUCAUCCUGAAACUGAAGGAACAGGUGCAGGCAUCCCGAGAAGAUAAAAGGAGGGGCAUCUCCUUUGCAAGUGAACUCAAGAAACUCACCAAGUCCACUAAGCAGCCCCGAGGACUCACAUCACCUCCUCAGCUUGUGGCCUCAGAAAGUGUUCAAAGCAAAGAGGAGAAGCCUGUGGGUGCCUUGUCCCCCAGUGACACAUUGAGUACCAGCAGUGAGAGAGGACAGCAUGUUUGACCCAGGUACACGAAGGUGAUGACCUUGACGAGAUGCUAUCAAGAAUGAACAUGGU